CUCCAGCAUCAAAAAACGUGAUUUGCAAAUGGCGUCAGAAGAAAUGAUUGUUAUUUGAACGGCCAAAGGUAAAAGCCACCAUGUCUGAAUCUCUGUAUGAGAAGUUUUUGGCCCCAGAGGAGCCUUUUCCUCUCCUCUCCCAAAGAGCCAACCUCAGUGACGUUGGGACGCUGGACGCCAGUGUCUUCAGCUGUCAGCUGUCCUCGUGUCACAGGACGGAUCCGCUGCAUCGAUUCCACAGUAACAGGUGGAACCUGACAUCCUGUGGAACCAGUGUAGCCAGCUCUGAGUGCAGCGAGGAGCUCUUCUCCUCCGUCUCUGUCGGGGACCAGGAUGACUGUUACUCCCUCCUGGACGACCAGGAACUGACAUCUCUGGAUUUGUUUCCUGAGGGCAGUGUUUGCAGUGACGUCUCCUCCUCCAUCAGCACGUACUGGGACUGGUCCGACAGCGAGUUUGAGUGGCAGUUGCCAGGAAGUGACAUCGCCAGUGGCAGCGAUGUCCUCUCUGACAUAAUCCCCAGUGUGCCGAGUUCACCAUGUUUGUUUUCCAAGAGGAAGCUGAAGCCCCACCCCCAUCGCAACCUGGAUGAGCUGCCUUGGAGCGCCAUGACAAAUGAUGAGCAGGUGGAGUACAUCGAGUACCUGAGCCGAAAGGUCAGCACAGAGAUGGGUCUGAGAGAACAGCUGGACAUCAUCAAGAUCAUCGACCCCUGCGCUCAGAUCUCCCCCACCGACAGCGAGUUCAUCAUCGAACUCAACUGUCUCACCGAUGACAAGCUGAAACAGGUGCGUAACUACAUCCGGGAGCACGGGCCGAGGCAGCGAGCCAACAGCACCAGGGAGGGCUGGAAGAGGAGCAGCCACAGCAGCGCCAGCACAGGUGGAGUGAGCAGCAGCAACGCCAGCAUGGUCAGCUCGGCCAGCUCCUCCACCGGCUCCACGGCCUCCAACUCCGCUGCAGGCGGUCCGGCGUCGGCCUGCAGCGGCAGCAGUGUUGCCAACAUCAGCAGAGCUCACAGCGACGGGAACCUGUCCAGUGCUGCUGAACGCAUACGAGACUCUAAAAAACGAUCCAAGCAGCGGAAGCUCCAGCAGAAAGCCCUUCGCAAGCGGCAGCUGAAAGAGCAGCGACAGGCCCGCAAGGAGCGCCUGAGCGGCCUGUUCCUGAACGAGGAGGUGCUGUCGCUCCGCGUGACGGAGGAGGACGACCACGCCGAUGAUCUGGACAUACUGAUGUGACAGCAGUGAACGACUCAGUGCUCCCUCUACACCUCGUAGGCCUCGCUCGCCCUCACCCCUCUGCGCUAGCAAAUAAACUCCUGUCCCAGUGUUGGCUCGGCUGGAGCUGCAGCUAACGCUCUACCUGCUAGUAGAGCUGCAGCUAACGCUCUACCUGCUAGUAGAGCUGCAGCUAACGCUCUACCUGCUAGUAGAGCUGCAGCUAACGCUCUACCUGCUAGUAGAGCUGCAGCUAACGCUCUACCUGCUAACAUUCUACCUGCUAGUAGAGCUGCGUCAGCUACUUCCUGUAACCAUGCUGCUCAGAUUACAGCUGAGUCCAGCUGCCGAGGCUCAGAUUAGAGCUGAGCCCGGCUGCCGAGGCUCAGAUUAGAGCCGAGCCCAGCUGCUGAGGCUCAGAUUAGAGCCGAGUCCGGCUGCCGAUGCUCAGAUUAGAGCCGAGUCCGGCUGCCGAUGCUCAGAUUAGAGCCGAGUCCGGCUGCCGAUGCUCAGAUUAGAGCCGAGUCCGGCUGCCGAUGCUCAGAUUAGAGCCGAGUCCGGCUGC